GAUGAGAGCCCAUGUCUACUGUGAAGAUUUUCUGUUCCCGAAGAUGCACAAGACUGCAGCAGAGCUAUGGUCAGUAUACUCCAAGCCCAUCCCAGCAAACAGCAGAGAGCUGUGGGCCUUGUUUCUGCAGUGUUCCUGCAUUACAGCAGUGAUAGGAGGCCUCUUUUACAACUGGAUGUUUUCUUCCCUGGAGUACUCCUGGCAUCUCUCCAUUGCAAUGGCUGUCUCCUUCAGUCUGCUCCUUCUCCUCACCCUUUUCUUGAUGCAUCCUGCUCGCUGUGUCUUCAGUAUGAUCAUGCCUACUUUGGGUACCAAACAAGGCCGAAAGCUCCUCUUGUCAACCUGCAUCAUGAUAGUAGUGGUUAAUGUAACACCCAACAUCAUCAGCAACAUCAAAACCAUACUGCAGGUUAUUAAGUGCAUCUGCAAGAAUUCUGGUGAGAGUCUUUUGAACUCAACUGCUCUGUUAGAGACUGCUUCCUGGGAGUUUGGGGAUGCAAUCCAAGAGAACAUUAAUUCCAUUAAUUUUCAUAGGCCCAUGAAUGGACAUUUUCAGUUUUCACUGCUUCAGAACAGCUCCUUGAUUUACCAGCAAAUGCACCUUGCUGGUGAGAAAAUUGGAAGAGACUUCUUGGCUGUUGAGGUACUGGUCAAAGACACUGUACGUGUAGGCAACAAACUGGUUGCUGGCUUCUCCAUUCUCUAUCUCUGUUUUGAGUCCACCUGUUAUUUGAAAAACUAUCUCACUAACCUCUGCUUUGACAAUUUUUACAUCACUAAGAAGCUGGAGCGUUUAGUUGUGGACAGAAAAGCAGCUCAUCUCUUGGUGGGCCCAUCCAAAAACCUCAUUCGACCAACAGGCUUGAAGUUGUCCCGGGAAGAAGUGAUGCUGUGCCUGGUGCAAGCCGUGCUCCUCACCGUGGCCCUGAUGCUGAUGCUGGUGGUCGUGGCAAUGGACCACUUUGCAUUCAAUGUGGCAGACACAACGGUGAGAAAGGCAGCUCAGUUCUCCGUAGUGCCCGUCGCUCUCAACAUCAAAUACAGUGUAAGUGCUGGGCUUCCUAACGAAGAAUUACCACUUCAGGGCUUUGAAAGAAGCUACCACCAUUACCUGAUCUUCAGCACUGCCCACUGCAGGAUCAGCCCCCCGAUGCCUCCCAACCCCUCUGUGCUGCUCGUGGUGGGACUGCUCUUCUGCAUCCUCUACACCACCAUAUUCCUGGAAACCUACGCACACCGCCUGUGCAGGAAAAUCUCAGGCUCCUUCUUCGAGAGCCGGGAGGAGGAGCGAGCACUUUACCUCUACAAAAAGCUGUCCUGGGAGCACAAGGAGCAAAACUCUGAGAGAAACUAA